UUCCCCUCUGGCAUAUUCAUAAAUUGAUAGUACAAAAUCUUCACCAUCCCCUCUAAAAAAUCCCAACCUCUCUCUCUCUCUCUCUUCUGCAUCAUUAUCUUCUUCUGCUUCUUCAAACAGCUCUGUGACUCUUUGCAAGGAAAAUAUGGGUGUCAUCAAGACGUUUCAAACCUUCAAAACACAGGUUACUCCAGACAGGAUGUUCAAGGCUUUGAUCCUUGAUUCCCACAACCUUUGCCCAAAGCUCCUCUUUUCAUCAAUAAAAAGUAUUGAUUAUAUCCAAGGUGAUGGAGAUGUUGGAAGCAUCAAACAAAUGAACUUCACAGAAGCCAGUCCUUUCACAUAUGUGAAGCAUAGAAUUGAUGCGCUUGACAAAGAGAAUUAUACGAGCAAGUACACGUUGUUUGAAGGCGAUGCGUUGAUGGACAAGCUUGAAUCAAUAUCUUAUGAGGUCAAGUUUGAGAAAUAUGGCUAUACUGGAUGUGUUUGUAAGAUAUCAUGUGAAUACAACACAAAAGAGAAUGUAGAGAUCAAACAAGAAGACAUUGAGCUUGGCAAGGACAGAGCUGUUGGGAUGUAUGAAGUUGUGGAAGCUUACCUCUUGGCACACCCUCAUGCCUAUACUUGAAAGAUCUUUUGUAUUGAACUUUGAAGUUGUGUUGUUCUUCAAUUCCAUCUUGUCCUACAAAAACUGUUUGUACAAAUUUAAUCUGCAUUAGAUGAUUAAGAUGUAACUGAAAUUCUUCAUUUUCUGGCAGCCCAUGUUAUAGCUUGUCGAAUCAUUGUCAAUCGAAUAAACAAUCUUUAC